GCCGAUCAGCAAAUAAAGACUGCUUGAAUAUAAGUUUUCAACUUUUAGUGCUGUAGAUGGAGGAUUGAAUUUUUCCAAUCAUGCAAAGGGAUAGAGACCCUCUAGUUGUUGGACGUGUUAUAGGUGAUGUUUUGAACCCCUUUGAGAAGUCCAUUGCUCUGAGGGUCACUUAUAACAAUAGAGAGGUUAACAAUGGCUGUGAGCUCAAGCCGUCUCUUGUUGUCAGCCCACCUAGGGUUGAUGUAGGCGGUGAUGACCUCAGGACUUUCUACACUCUGGUUAUGGUGGAUCCUGAUGCACCCAGUCCUAGCGAUCCCAACCUAAGGGAAUACUUGCAUUGGUUGGUGACUGAUAUUCCAGCAACUACAGGGGCAAACUUUGGACAAGAAGUUGUGUGCUAUGAAAGCCCACGACCAACAGUGGGGAUUCAUCGAUUUGCUUUCGUCUUGUUUCGCCAAUUGGGUAGGCAGACAGUCUACGCACCCGGAUGGCGCCAGAAUUUCAACACCAGGGACUUCGCUGAGCUUUACAACCUUGGAUUACCUGUGGCUGCAAUCUAUUUCAAUUGCCAGAGAGAAAGUGGCUCAGGUGGAAGAAGAAGCUGAUCACGAAAAACCCUCUAUCUUUGAACAUGUAUUAAACAAGAAACUAGUCUACAGAAGUGUGCGUAUGCUUAUGGUUUGAAUGUGUGAGCUAUAUAUCUAUAUCUAAAUACUUUGU